UUUCUUCCCUUAUAUAGUUAUACUCUUCUCGUGUCACUUUGCUUUUCCUUCUCCUAUCAACACAGAGAAAUAGUCGAAGAAGAUGAAGAUGAUGACGACGACCGCACUACACGGCAGUUGCGCUUUCCGGUUCCUCAGUUCGUUUGUGCUCACGGUAUUGGUUCUUUGAAGGAAACGUAUACAAAAAGUGAAAACAUAUUUAUUGUCCUCGUUUCCUGCCAAAAUUAUGUUUUGAUUUUUGGCAGCUUUUAUUGCUUUCCCAUUUUGUAUCGCUCGGAGCUUAGAGGAACCCUAGCGUUCCUCUUUUUGUGUUUCUUCUUCAGUUUAUUCUUCAGGUCGUCUGGAGUUGAAAUAAAAGUGGAAAAAAUGGUGUUGGUUAUGAGAUUUUCAUGGUUCGUCUCCGCUGCAAUUGUGGCCACUGUUCUCUCCCCGUCGCUGCAAUCAUUUCCUCCCGCCGAAGCUAUAAGAUCCUCUAAAGUCGAUUCCUACCGUCGAUUUCCCGGCCAGAUUGCUUCCGGAGGUUCCCUCAAUCGAUUCUCCUUCCGCAAAGCUCCCCUGUUUCGCAAUGCCGGCGAGUGCAGUUCCGCAUUGGGGGAAACCGGCGUCUGUCAUCCCUCUCUCGUUCACGUUGCCAUCACUCUCGAUGCGGACUACCUCCGCGGCUCAAUCGCCGCCGUUCAUUCCAUUCUGCUGCAUUCUAGCUGUCCCGAGACCGUCUUCUUUCACUUCCUGGUUUCCGACACCAAUCUCCAAACCCUAGUCCGUUCUACUUUCCCGCAUUUGAAGUUCAAGGUGUAUUAUUUCGAUCCGGAACGGGUCCGGAGCUUGAUCUCCACUUCCGUUCGACAAGCGCUGGAGCAGCCGCUCAACUACGCCAGGAACUAUCUCGCCGAUAUCCUCGAGCCCUGCGUUCGCAGAGUUAUAUACUUAGAUUCCGAUCUCAUUGUGGUAGACGAUGUUUCGAAGCUAUGGAGCUCUAGCUUGGGGACGAAGACAAUCGGAGCUCCGGAGUACUGUCACGCCAAUUUCACCAAAUACUUCACUCCAAAUUUCUGGUCAAAACAGAGAUUUUCCGGCACGUUCGCCGGACGGAAUCCGUGCUACUUCAACACCGGAGUGAUGGUGAUAGAUCUAGGGAAAUGGAGGCAGUUCGGGUACACAAAGCGGAUCGAGAGGUGGAUGGAGAUCCAGAAGAUGAACCGGAUAUACGAGCUGGGGUCAUUACCACCAUUCCUGCUAGUAUUCGCGGGAGUGGUGGCCCCCAUUGAUCACAGAUGGAACCAGCACGGCUUGGGCGGCGAUAACGUCAGAGGAAGCUGCCGUGACCUCCACCCGGGUCCGGUGAGCCUCCUCCACUGGAGCGGCAGCGGGAAGCCAUGGCUGCGGCUGGACUCGGAGAAGCCAUGCCCGCUUGACUCUGUAUGGGCACCCUAUGACCUUUACGGACAUUUUACGUAAAUUCCGUCUACCGUGACGUCACAUCUGUAUUGUAUAAUCUCUCCGUACCGGUCUUAUUUACCUUUAUUAUUAAUUUUUGGUUAAUUAUGAUAUGAUAUGGUCUUAUUUGUACUCUAUUCCAUACCAUUAUUCUGCAGCUUCAAAUAAAUUUAGAAAAUAAAAAGAAAAAAAGAGAUAAUUCUUUAAA